AUGCAGCAAGUGGUCGAGGAUGCCACGAGCGUGCAUUCGUUUGAGUCAGACGUAAGAAGGACGCAAGGAAGGGAGCAGGGAAAGGACAAAGUGAAGCAGAAAGGUUACGUCCAUCAACAUGCGUUUGGAACUUCCGGCUUAUCCGAAGCAGCUGAGCAAAAGCCGGCCGACAAGUUUCAAUGCGCAAACUGCAGCAAGCAAGGACAUCGCAUUAAGGACUGCGGAGAGUUUAGGACUCUCAGCAUCGAUAAUCGUUGGCGAAGAAUUCGUUCGUUGGGUGUCUGCCAAAACUGCCUUUUCAGGCAUGGCCGACGUUCCUGCCGAACUGUUACACGUUGCGGUAUCAACGGAUGCCAGUACCGACAUCAUCCACUUCUGCACUCUUCGCCCAGGCCAUCGGAUUCAGAUGCUGUCACACAGGUAGCUGACAACCACACUCAUCGUCUGCAGAGUUCGAGUGUUCUCUUCAGGAUUGUUCCGGUUACUCCCUACGGGAACAACGGCCAGGUGAAUACCUUCGCCUUUCUUGAUGAAGGAUCUUCUCUAACGCUGGUCGAAGGAAAAUUGGUGAAGGAGUUAGGAAUAUCCGGCAGCCCACAGCCGCUCUGUCUGCGAUGGACGGCGAACACCUCUCGGACCGAGAAAUCUUCAAUGAGUGUGUCCAUAUCCAUCUCCGGAGAAGGCAAGGGAAGGAAGCACCAUAUCGUUGGAGCGCGAACGGUUGAGAGCUUGAAUCUACCAACGCAAAGCUUCAAUUUGGAGGAGGCAGUGAAACGCUUCGCAUAUUUGAAGUACUUGCCUCUGCAGAGUUACCAGAAUGCUACGCCUAGGAUUCUGAUUGGAUUGGACCAUCUGUCGUUGGCCCUGCCGUUGAAGAUCAGGGAAGGAGAUGGAUCCGGUCCCGUCGCAGCCAAAACCAGGCUUGGCUGGUGCGUUUACGGUCAGCAGCAACAGCAACAGAGCGCCUACAGUUUCCACAUAUGUGGAUGCACGCAUAAUGAAGAGCUCCACGAAACGUUGAAGCAGUUUUUCACUGUAGAAGAAGUCGGAACAGUCGGCCCUUCCCUUUCGACGUCGGAUCAGCGAGCCCAGCAGCUACUGGAGCAAACAACCAAGCGAGUCGGAGACCAUUUCGAGACCGGGCUGUUGUGGGACAACGACUACAUCGAGCUUCCAGACAGCUAUCCCAUGGCGUUGAGCCGAAUGAAGUGUUUGGAGCGUCGUAUGGAGCGGGAUCUAACUCUCAAGGAGAAAGUACACCAGAAGAUACGGGAGUACGUGUCCAAGGAUUACGCGCAUGUAGCGACGGACGAAGAACUGGAGACCGCCGACCCCAGGCGAGUCUGGUAUUUGCCGAUAGGAGCAGUUACGAAUCCACGGAAACCCGACAAGAUCCGCAUCAUCUGGGACGCAGCCGCGUUGGUAGAUGGAACAUCUUUAAACAGCCAUCUACUGAAGGGUCCGGAUCAACUGACGGCGCUGCCUGCCGUUUUGUUCAAAUUCCGGCAAUUCGGGAUAGCGGUGAACGCUGACGUGCAAGAGAUGUUUCAUCAGCUUCGGAUGGCGGCGCGAGAUAAACAGUCGUUACGCUUCCUGUUCCGGUUCGACCCAACGCAGCCUCCCAUAAUCUACGUUAUGGACGUAGCCACGUUCGGAGCGACCUGCUCACCGGCCUCGGCACAGUUCGUGAAGAACUUGAAUGCCAAGGAACAUGCCCAGCAAUACCCUCAGGCUGCGCAGCGGAUAGUCGACAACCACUACGUCGAUGACUAUCUCGACAGCUUCGGGGAUGAAAAGGAAGCGAAGAAGAUUGCAGCAGAGGUGCGUACCAUCCAUCUCCAGGGUGGCUUCGUCUUAAGGAAUUGGAACUCGAACAGCAAAGCAAUACUAGAGUCUCUAGGGGAACCUGGGACCAACGAAGGCAAGAACAUCAACCUGGUCGACAAGCAGCACACUGAGAGGGUUCUCGGAAUGCUAUGGAUGCCAGCGACUGACGAACUUUGCUUCUCGACACACAUGAGCGAGGAGAUACGCGCACUUAUCGAGAGCGGUACUCGUCCAACGAAACGAGAGGUGUUGCGCUGUGUGAUGACACUAUUCGACCCAUUGGGACUGCUAGCAACGUUCCUGAUUCACGGCAAAGUACUCAUCCAGGAGUUGUGGCGCACCGGAAUCAACUGGGACGAGCAAAUCCAGGACACUGAGUUGAAUCGCUGGCGAGAGUGGGUACAGAUGAUCCAGUUCAUUUCAACAAUUCGCAUUCCGAGAUGCUACUUCGAAGAAGCGACGAAUUCCACCUACGAAAACGCACAGCUACAUGCGUUCGUCGACGCAAGUCCAGCGGCGUAUUGCUGCGUUGUAUAUCUACGCGUGAUGAACUCCGCUGGUUCCGGAGUGUGUGUAUUGGUUGCAGCGAAGACGAAAGUGGCACCGUUAAAGCCCAUGUCCAUACCCAGGCUCGAACUGCAGGGUUGUGCACUCGGAGCGCGGAUGCUGAUGUUCGUCCAGGAAAACCAUACAAUUCCCAUCACGAAACGCUACUUGUGGACGGACAACACUACGGCGCUUUCCUGGAUCCGGGCGGAUCCACGCAACUAUCGACCGUUCGUUGCCCACAGAGUAGUUGAGAUUCUGGAGACUACCAAUGCGAAGGAGUGGAGAUACGUGCCUUCAGCAUCCAACCCGGCCGAUGAAGGGACCAAGUGGGGAAAAGGCCCAUAUUUUAGUACUGAUAGCCACUGGUUCUCGGGACCAGAGUUCCUGCAACAGCCAGAAGACGCAUGGCCGAUUUCACCAGCGAUGCCCAGCGUCGAGACGGAGGAGAUACGAGCUUCUGUCCUGUUCCACCUCGCGUACGAGCCAGUUAUCCAGUUCGAAAGGUUCUCCAAAUGGGAGAGAUUACAUUGCACCGUUGCCUACGUGCUGCGCUUUGUCAACAAUAUCAGCAGAGAGCGUAGCAAAAUGUCCGGUGAAUUUCAACAGGAGGAGUUCCAGGCAGCGGAAGCGGUGAUCAUGCAGCAGGUGCAGUGGCAAUCGUUUCCGGAUGAGAUGGUGAUCCUCACGAAAAAUAAAUCGGUGGCGCGAGGUGACAUGCAGCCGAUUCCGAAAAGCAGCUACUUGUUCAAACUUGUUCCAAGUCUGGACGAAAAUGGAGUCAUGCGGCAGACAGGACGUAUUGGGGCAUCCAAGCAAGCAUCCUACAAUCUGCGAUACCCGGUGAUCCUUCCCAAGAGAAGUGAAAUAACUUCGCUCGUGGUAGAUCUGUUCCACCGGAAGUACAAACACGCGAAUUCGGAGACCGUCGUCAACGAGAUUCGCCAGCAGUUUGAAAUUCCUAGUCUGCGAACACUGGUUCGAAGACGCAGGCGUGAUUGUUGGUUCUGCAAACUUCGCCAAGCUCGACCGCACAUCCCUCCGAUGGGUCCACUACAUGCAAGUCGUCUCGAAGCCUUCAGCCGGCCGUUCAGCUUCAGUGGAUUGGACUAUUUCGGACCGGUGUUGGUGAAGCAAGGAAGAGCCAGCGUGAAGAGGUGGGUCGCCCUCUUCACCUGCCUCACGGUACGCGCGGUCCACCUUGAGGUCGUGAAUAGCCUGACGACUUCAUCCUGCAUUUCCGCUGUCAGAAGGUUCAUCGGCCGUCGAGGGGCACCCGUUGAGAUGUUUAGCGACAACGGGACUAACUUCCACGGCGCCGAACGACUACUUCGUCAACAAAUCGCUACGGGGCUCUCCGAAACCUUCACCAGUUCGCAGUGUAAAUGGAGCUUCAUUCCGCCUGGAGCCCCACACAUGGGCGGCGCCUGGGAAAGGAUGGUUCAGUCAGUGAAGGCUGCAAUGGGGGAUGCUUACGGGGAUGGGAAGCUUGAUGAGGAAGGACUUGGGACUUUAGUUGUGGAGGCAGAGAGUAUGGUUAACUCUAGGCCUCUGACGUACUUGCCGUUAGACUCGGAUGAAACGGAAGCUCUGACACCGAACCAUUUUCUGCUCGGGAGUUCAAGUGGGGCAAAGGUACCGGGUAAAGGCAUACGACAUCAGCAGCGAAAGCUCCAAGAACUAUGGGUGGACAUCCAGGACCAGCUGGACAUCUUCUGGAAACGGUGGCUAAAAGAAUACCUGCCGGUUAUUCGCCGUCAGCCGAAGUGGUUUGAAGAAGCGGCGAAGGAGAUCACGGAAGGCGAUUUGGUUCUCAUCACCAAUGAAGGAAAGCGUAGCGAGUGGAUCAGAGGACGUGUAGAGCGAGCGGUUCGAGGAUCGGAUGGGCGUGUACGACAGGCGAUCAUGCGGACUGCCGGAGGACUCGUGCACAGACCGGUAACGAAGAUAGCCUUGCUGGACGUCAAAAAGGACCGAUGGCAAGAAGCACCCGGCGGAGGAUGUUGCCGCAAGUCUACCGAUCUACUACAUCCACGAUGA